GCACUGCAGCUGGCAAUGGCGUGGAGGAGAAAUCAAAGCUUCUUCAAGUAAACCUCCUACUGCGAUGUGUAGUUCAUUGUUGUUUUGCUCUGAAGAAGAAACAUGUCUUGUCAAAGCGUCUCCUCCCGCAGCAGCAGCGCUUCUCUAAGCGACGUUGAAGUUGCUGCAGAAUCUUUGGUGUCCAUGUCGAGAACUCCAAUGUCAACUUCGACUCAUGAAACCUCUGCCAUGUACGACAGUGGAUGUAGCACGUCUUGCCCGUCAUCUCCCGCAACUAGAUCGGAGGGAUGUGCAUCUUUCAGACAGAGUAUUCCAUCACCAGUAGCACAAGUGGAGGUUGCAACACCCCAUCAGCCAACAAUGCCACUGGUCUGGAUGUACCCUCAUCCUCAUCAUCAGCUCGUUCCAAACCCGAUGACAGCUAUGUACCCCUGCCAAUUGGUCCAGGCCGGUCUCACCCAACCCACGACUGCUACUCCAAUAAUAGUUCAACAACGGACUCCGAAUACCCAUAUGGCCACUGCAGUUGUCAGCAGUGCUUCGGCAGCGCAGGCAAUGCUGCCGAUGAACCAAGGGACAUGCGUGCAGCUGCCGACUACUCAAAGGCAGCCUCAAGCAGCAGCGGUACCCACUCAGGACGAGAAGACAACUCCUGCGACGCAGCCAGGAUGCAAGCAGCAGCAGCAGGCCGAGGCGCCACCAGCUAGGGACAGGAAUCACAUUUGCCCAUUUCCGGGCUGCUCGAAGACGUACUAUAAGGGAUCUCACCUCAAAGCACAUAUCCGAACGCAUACAGGUGAGAAGCCGUUCGCAUGCCAACAUGAGAACUGUGAGCGCCGUUUUGCACGCUCAGAUGAGCUUGCACGGCACAGGCGAACGCACACCGGUGAGAAGAAGUUUGUGUGUCCGCUGUGCAGUCACCGCUUCAUGCGCAGCGACCACCUAGCAAAGCAUGCCCGUCGCCACAUGAACUCCGCCAGAGUUCCCGUCUGGCGUCUGGAAGUGGAAAAGCUGUCUCAGAUGGCCAUGCUGACGACACCUCAGACAGCACCUGUCAUCGCUCCCUCUCCUGUUGCGCGCACACCAGCAGGCAUGGUGACAGCAAACACAGCAGUUGCCACAACCGUCCGGUGAACGUCGCCUUGCUGCCCUCGAUACUCUUCGCGAAUAGCAUGUCUUAUAAAGUGCCUGGAAGACCCAGGAUCAUGCUUCUAUAAUUUUUCGUUCGUUGAUUUGGAUGCAUUCUGCUAGUCUAGCAGACCGCACAAAAGUAGCCAUACAGCCAUGUAGUAAUCUUUCUCUUCUUGUCCUCUUUUCUUUAGUCUGGCUGUGAGCAUCCAUAAUAAUCUAGACCUACUGGUAUUUGCAUGCUGUUGCUUGAGAGUAUUUGCAUGCUGUUGCUUGAGAGCAGUCCCAGUGCUAGCUUCAUAUCGUUGCUUGAGAUGAAAUUAUAUAAUCCCAGAUGUUUUCUUCAACUCCACAGCUGAAUCGUAAAUCAGUUUCAUAAUCCCAGAUGUUUUCUUCAACUCCACAGCUGAAUUGUAAAUCAGUUUCAUCCCGACCGUAUUGCCUUUUUUUUAAUCAACCCCUGUCUACUUUCGUCUUAAACACCACUUGUGUUACCGUCAAAGAUUUAAGUCGCAACAUCUCCGUUCA